GGAAUGUUAAACACCGCUACCAGCAGGUUAACCUUUCCUAAUUAUAGGGUCACUGUGGUACUUAAAUUUCCUUCCCAUCAGCGUGACAGUUGAUAAACAACAUGGCUCAAUUGAAGACGUUUGUAGCAUGGGCUGUAUUUAUACUUACUCCUUUUGAUCACCCGGGCUAUUCCAAAGUAUAUGAAGUGAUAUGUGCAGACCCAAAACCUAAAGUUGACCACUGCUUAAAAGGGACAUCGACAAGUGAAGAGGAAUGUUCCCAAAUCCAUACUGGUGACACCACACUAACACCACUUAAAGGGAAGGUACAGGAGCCUUUACUGCCUGCGCUGAUACCCAGCCUGUUUUCUAAUGUUCCACCUGUCAUUAACUUUGUGCUGCCUGGACAACAAAGAGAGGCGUUUCCAGAUAGCAUCAAGAGUCGUUUGUUUUGGUACAAGUCCGGCUCUCCUCUCAUAUCUUCCAUAGCGUUUGCGUCUGGAUACACCCUCACUGAUGAUGAUAACAUGUGGGUGGGGCGCUACACCGGGUGUUUCCCACCAAGUGAAACACACAUGUUCAAAACCAUUACACCCAAUAAAAAGAAAUGGGAACAUCCCCACCAGUUGGUUAACACGGACAGGACAAUACAGUCCUUUAAAUGUACACUAAUGCACUAA